GAUGCGUAGGGGGACAUGCUCUUGGCACUGUGUAGGGAUUGGCUGAAACUCGCGAAACAUUCCAACAGCACUACAAAAGAGCUAAGUGACUUUAUAGCGGAUACUUGUAGUGAGUGAUAGCUAAAAGAACAGUCCUUCGUGUCACUGUCGUUUCAUUUGUAACCAUGGAGACGUCUCGGUUGUGACAUCCGGACCGUUGCUUGCCAGCCGGAAGUAAAGGAAAUGAGGAUGGCGCAGGAACUUCAUUUCCCAGGAUUCCUCGCGAGCACCCUUUUUUGACAAGCAGCCAAUGGGCGCCAUGACAGCCCGGCACAUGACGUCGGUGGGCUGAAGAAAGUUCCUGGCGGCCAACAGCUCGACGGCCCCCCACGGGAGUAACGCGCUUUGCGGAUAAAGAAACGUUGUGAAAGACUCCUUGAUGCCUUCUGCGUGUCUUCGUGUCCUUCAGCCUGUGGAAAAGUGAAUGAUGGCCUCACCGGUCUCUGUCUACAACUCCAGCGUCUUGGAUGCGCACAUCUCCAGUCCCUCCAGAGAGUCUCUGAAGAUGGAGUUGUUGGCUGAUGUCACCCUGCUGCCCGGAGAAGAGAGAAUCAUAGACAAGGACAUCAUCUACAUCUGUCCGUUCAAUGGCGCCAUCCAAGGCAAAGUGUUGAUCACCAACUACCGACUCUACUUCAAGAGCUCGGAUGCAGAUGUGGCAGUGACACUGGAUGUUCCUCUUGGCGCCAUCAGUCGCGUGGAGAAAAUGGGCGGGGCAUCAAGUCGAGGAGAAAACUCCUACGGCCUGGACAUUACGUGCAAGGACAUGCGAAACUUGAGGUUUGCCCUGAAGCAGGAGGGCCACAGCCGAAGAGACAUUUUUGAGCUGCUUUUCAAACAUGCCUUCCCCAUCUCGCACGGCCUGCCUCUGUUUGCAUAUGUGACUCAGGAGAAGUAUGAAGAAAAUGGCUGGAGCGUCUACAGGCCCGUUGAGGAGCUCAGGCGGCAGGGCUUACCUAACAACAAAUGGCGCAUUACGUUCAUCAACAAGAAUUACGAGCUGUGUGACACGUAUCCCACCGUUCUGGCCGUGCCCUUUAAGUCUAAAGAGGAGGACCUGAGGAGAGUGGCUUCCUUCAGGUCCAGAAGCCGCAUCCCUGUCCUGUCCUGGAUCCACCGCGAGAACCAGGCGGUGAUCGCGCGCUGCAGCCAACCGCUGGUGGGCAUGUCGGGGAAAAGGAACAAGGACGACGAGCGCUACCUGGACCUGAUCAGGGACGCCAACGACACCGCCAAGCUCACCAUUUACGACGCGCGCCCAAACGUCAAUGCCGUGGCCAACAAGGCCACGGGAGGCGGCUACGAAGGCGACGAGUACCACAACGCCGAGCUGGUCUUCCUGGACAUCCAAAACAUCCACGUCAUGCGGGAGUCCCUGAAGAAGCUCAAAGACAUCGUCUACCCCACCGUAGAGGAAUCCCACUGGCUGUCCAGCCUGGAGUCCACCCACUGGCUAGAACACAUCAAGCUUGUAUUGUCAGGAGCCAUCCAAGUGGCAGACAAAGUGUCCGGCGGCAGCUCUGUAGUGGUCCACUGCAGCGACGGCUGGGACAGGACGGCUCAGCUAACAUCUCUGGCCAUGCUCAUGCUAGACAGCCACUACCGCACGCUCAAAGGACUCCAGGUGCUCAUCGAGAAGGAGUGGGUCAGCUUUGGACACAAGUUUGCAUCCAGGAUAGGUCACGGUGACAAGAACCAUGCCGAUCAAGACAGGUCGCCCAUCUUUGUUCAGUUUAUGGACUGCAUAUGGCAGAUGACCAAGCAGUUCCCCACGGCCUUCGAGUUCAACGAGCGCCUCCUGCUGACCAUCCUGGACCACCUGUACAGCUGUCGCUUCGGGACCUUCCUUUACAACUGCGAGAGUGCGCGAGAGCACAAUGCCCUGCGGCAGAAGACGGUGUCUCUGUGGUCGUUGGUCAACAGUAAGACGGACGUUUAUUUGAACCCUUUCUACACGCCCGAGUCGGGCAGAGUCCUUUAUCCCGUUGCCAGCAUGCGCCACCUCGAGCUGUGGGUCACCUACUACAUACGCUGGAACCCGCGCAUCCAACAGCAGCAGCAGAGUCCCGUGGAGCAGCGUUACCUGGAGCUCUUGGCGCUCCGCGACGAGUACAUCAAGAAGCUGGAGGAGCUGCAGCUUUCCGACUCGUCGGCGCCCCCUUCGGCACGGCUGGCCAACAGCGGCUCCAGCGCCAACACCUCGUCGUCAUCCGCGUCUUCCCCCACGCAGCAGCAGCAGUACACGCACCUACACACACCCUUCUGAGGGACCCCCUCUGAUGCACACGCACACGCACACACACGCGCACAGCGUUCACUGCUGGUGUGUCUGUGCAGUGCUAACAAAGUACGCUAACAGGACUUUUUCUAGUUGUAUGCAAUUUGGCACCAUGCAGCCUUGUCACCACACACACACAAACACACAAGCCUUAAAGACGUUUCCUGGCUUUUAUUCCAAGGGCUUGCAAACACACACAGGUCAUGAAGCCAGCGUGCUGACUCAA